AUGAGCAUCAAUCUUUCCCACCCUGCUGUCCUGCAGCUUUGCUAUGAGAGUGUGAAUGGAUCUUGCAUUAAAACUCCCUACUCACGCGGAUCCAGGGUGAUUCUGUACUCAGCAUCUGGCUUAGCCUCUUUGCUGGCUGUGUUUGGAAACCUCCUGGUGAUGACUGCAGUUUUGCAUUUCAAGGAGCUGCACUCUCCUGCCAAUUUCUUGAUCACCUCUCUGGCUUGUGCUGACUUCCUGGCGGGGGUGACCGUCAUGCCCUUCAGCAUGGUCAGGUCCGUGGAGAGCUGCUGGUACUUUGGAGCCAGAUUUUGUACCCUGCACAGUUGCUUCGAUGUGGCAUUUUGUUACUCUUCUCUCUUCCACUUGUGCUUCAUCUCCAUCAACAGGUACAUUGCUGUUACUGACCCUCUGGUCUACCCCAGCAAUUUCACGGUGUCUGUGUUGGGGAUGUGCAUCAGCGUCUCCUGGAUCCUGCUCAUUGUAUGCAGCGGGGCCGUGUUCUACACAGGUGUCAAUGACGAUGGGAUGGAGGAAUUAGUAAGUGCUCUCAACUGUGUAGGUGGUUGUCAAAUUGUUGUAAAUCAAGACUGGGUUUUGAUAUAUUUUCUGUUAUUCUUCAUACCCACCCUCAUAAUGAUAAUUCUUCACUGUAAGAUUUUUCUAAUAGCUAAACACCAAGCUAUAAAAAUUGAAAAUACUGGUAGCAAAGCAGAGUCAUCCUCAGACAGUUACAAAUCCAGAGAGAGAAAAAAGAGAAGAGAAGCCGCUAAGACCCUGGGUAUCACGGUGAUAGCAUUUAUGAUUUCAUGGUUACCAUAUACAACUGAUAUGCUAGUUGAUGCCUAUAUGGGCUUCAUAACACCUGCCUGUAUUUAUGAGAUCUGCUGUUGGGGUGCUUAUAACUCAGCCAUGAACCCUCUGAUUUAUGCUUUAUUUUAUCCUUGGUAUAGAAAAGCCAUAAAAAUUAUUUUAAGUGAGGAGUUUUUAAAGGAUAGUUCAUCAACCAUUAGAUUAUUUGCAGAAUAA